AUGGAGGACAGCGAUGAUGACGAGAAUUUCCAGGUGAUCGUUUUUGGAAAUUCAACGGAAGCCAAUUUCGAUGACUUUUACAAAGAACAGGAACCCAUAAAAGAUCGUGAAGAUGAGUUCAGAAGUCACCCCACUGAUGAUGCCUUUUCCAGAGCCGAAGCCGAGGAACAAUCACAUGACACAGAUCUGGACGCGAAGGUUCAGAAGGCAACUCGAGAAAAUAAAGUUUUCAUGAAGUAUGAUUACACGCGUGAAAAACCGUGGGCACAUCACGCAGACAAAAGUAUGUGGUUCAAUUACAACUUCGAUGAACACAGUUUCAAAGAAUGGGUUCAGAAACAUAUAGAUAAACGUAUUGAAAAGCAAAAGAACUAUCAAAUUGAGAAUGUGGACAAUAUAUAUGAUGACAAUUUGGAAGCACUUGUUAAGCCUCCACUGAAUUUUGAAGAUAGUGCACACAUUGGCAAUCGUGCUGUACCCACGUCUUUCACACCUUCCGCUCAUCCAACAGCUACCCCUUAUUCCACAUCUGCCGUUCAUUCCACAUCUGCCGUUCAUUCCACAUCUGCCGUUCAUCCCACAUCUGCCACUCAUCCCACAUCUGCCACUCAUACAACAGCUACCGCCUGCCCCCUCUCUGAACCACAUCAGAACCGGAAAAGUGUAAAUUACACAAAAGGGGUAAAUGCAAAAAACAACAGAAUGAUGAAAUAUAGAAACCAGAACAACUCCUAUUUAAAUAGUAAAAAUAAUAAUUAUAAUGUGCAUAGAGAAAACAAUGCAUCAAUUCAAUCCCAUGAAGAGAGAAGUUUUACAUUUCAACAACCAAGGGUACAGGACUCAAGCUACACAGAUGUUAAUAGAAGAAAUGCUGCCCUUGAGAGAAGACAAAAUAGUAAGGAUAAUUUUAUUCAUAAUGGGGAUACCAAAGGGGAAAUAAUUCAAACAAUUGGAGGUAACGAAUGGAAAAAUCGGGAAAUUAAAAAUGUAGAGUUGGGACAUCGAGAAAGGAAAAAUGGUAGUAGUUCAGCUCAAGGCGAGGACCUCACGCAGUUUCAGAAUUUAAUAAAUUUCUUCAAGCAAAACCCGGAUAUGUGA